AAAAAUUUUAAACUAAAAAAUAGAAAUUUAAUUUCGAAAAUAUGUAAAUGACAUACGAGAACGUAUUGUGUUAGAUAACAAUUCAGUGCAAUUUAAACGGGAUAAAAAAAUGCAGUUAGAGUGUCCACUUUGCUGUGGUGAAAAAUUUGAAUGCCAAGAAUCGCUACGGUAUCAUUUAUUGAGUAUGACGGUCAAUAUUUAUUGUCCAUGCUGUAAUCAAUUAUGUGAUGGUAUACCUCAAUUAGUGGACCAUUUAGGAACAUCUCAAUGUUCUUCAAAUGGUCCUGAAGGUAAUGAAAAAGAAGAUUGUGAAAUGACGGUGUUAAAUAUUAAAGAAGAGGAUAUGUCUGAAAAUUUUAUGCUAGAAAAGCAUAACGAUAGCCAAAGUCAUGAAGAUGAUGCCCAAAAUAUAGAGUUAAUGAAUGAAGCUUUAAAUGUGAAUACAGUAGUUUUAGAGGAUGGCUCAAUUAUGGUUGAAGAUCAUGAAAAUGAUGGAGUUGAAAUAGAACCUAUGGUGGAAGGGGAAGAAAUUUAUUCAUGUUCAAGUUGUGGUGUAAAUUUUACGUCGAUUAUGGAACAUAUUCAGCAAUAUCAUGAUGGCCAGGAGGUUGUCGUCGAGAUGGCUGAAGUCAACGAACAAUUCGAUGGUCAAGAAGGUGAAAACGUUAUAAUCAAAUCAAACAUGGGAAUUGAUGAAGUACUUAAAACUGACAUGCUCUUAUCCUCAAAAUACUACGAGGACGAAGAAAAUGAUACAACCGAAGAAGAUGAUAUUGAAGAAAUAAAUGAAGAAAUUAAAUUUCCACAAAUUUUAAACACGCUCAAGCAAGAAGAAUGUGUGGACAAAGAUGGUCGAGUCUAUACACGUAAAGUGGUUCAAAUUGAGAAAUUUUGGGAUGAUACAACAAAAACGGUGCCGAAUAAUAAACUGAAGAAUUUACAAAACUCAAAUCGACGUCAACCAAUUUGUGAACUAUUUAUAAUGAACGAUGACGGAACAAUGGAAAAAGCGUCCACAAAUGACAAAGACCUAGACCUGAAAAAUUUAGUUAAGUUAUAUAAUUGUAGUCGAUGUAAAAUGCAAUUUUCUAAAAUUAGCCAAUUUAAUAAACACACUUGUGAUCCGGAACGAGCUAGUGAUUACAAAUGUUCCCGAUGUGAAGUGAGUUUUAACAAUCCGAAAUCAUUGUGCGCUCACAUGAAAGCACAUAAAAUUGUUAAACUUGAAGAUUCCACUUCGGGAGGGAUUACUACAGCAGUUGCUCCUUUUCUCUGUACCAAAUGCGAUACAGUUUUCCCAACAAAUAAGUCGCUACGUUUACAUCAAAGAAUGCAUGAACCAAUUAAAGCCAAAGAAAUUGAAGCUCCUGUCGAAUAUGGUAUCACGGGUCCAAUUGAAUUUGAUCCAAAUAAACCAAGAGAAAUGUUUGUAUGUACAGUUUGUAAUAAAUCGUACGAUAAGGGCUAUGAAUUAAUUCACAUGGCAACGCAUAGUGGAGAAGAUGAUUACCAUUGUGAUAUAUGUAAUCGAAAAUUCUUCACUCAUGAGAAUCUUGAAAUGCAUAUGAGGGUCCAUAAUGGAGGAAAACCGUUUAGUUGUUCCUAUUGUAAAAAUUCAUUUGAUACUGCUCAAGCGCUUACCGAACAUAUGGAAGUGCACACGAAAGAUCGACCAUAUUCCUGUGGGUAUUGUGGCCGUAAAUUCGCUAGACCACAUGAAAAAGUUAAGCAUGAACGUAUACACACGGGAGAGAAACCACAUGAAUGUGAAAUUUGUGGUAAAACAUUUCGGGUUAGUUAUUGUUUAACAUUACAUAUGCGCACCCACACGGGGGCACGACCUUAUGUUUGUAAGCAUUGUGGGAAGCGGUUUAAAGCUCAUAGUGUAUAUAACCAUCAUCUUUUAACGCAUUCAGAUCAACGUAAUUACAAAUGUCCUUACUGUCCGAAAGCAUUUAAAACUGGAGUCCAACUAGCUGGUCAUAAAAAUAGUCACACUAAACCGUUUAGUUGUACCGAAUGUAAUCGACCGUUUGCGUCAUUAUACGCGGUACGCUCGCAUAUGGAAAGUCAUAAACGAGAGAAUAAUCUGAAAUUUAGUUGUUUCCAAUGUGGAGCAUCGUAUGCUCGUAAUUUUGCGUUACGUGAUCAUAUUAAAGAGGUUCAUCAUUCAACGAUUUCGGUGACAGGUUCCAGUGAAAUGCAAGACACGGAUACAAUUGUUAUUGGAAGUGACAAAGUAAAAUUAGAAGAACUCGAACAUUUUAAAGCUUCUAAUUCAAUAUUAGCGAGUGAAACAAUUUUACCAGAGGAUAAUGAUGAAACUGAAAUGGCCUUAAGUCAAUUGAGACAAGAGACUACAGAUGAUGAGUUAUAAAAAUAAAAAUGGGAUCAUAGAAUCCUGAUAUAGUUUUGUAAUUGUAUUCUUAUUCUUUGUUAUAGGUUUAAUAUAAUUUUAUGACUUUUUAAUUCAACAUAAAACGGGGUGACAACUUGUAGGUAGUAUUUAUUACAUAAUAAAAUUUGAGAAUCCUUGGGAGACCGAAAUAAUUUAUUUCUUAGCGCAUCAAAAGCGCAUUAAAUAAUAUUUACGGCUCUUCGAGAAAAUUAACCUAUUUUCAAUUAUUCGACAAUGUUUUCUUAAUUUUUCUUACAGUAUAAGGUUAUUCGGACACUAACGGCUGUCUAACGUUAACUGUAUCUUUAGAUAUGCUUAAAAAAGGUCCUAGAACUUUAAUCUUCUACUCCAAAACAUCCUGACGAUAGUGUCCGAAUAGCCUCACUCAAACUCGAUAUUUUUGUAAGAACGAAAAAAAAAAUCGGAGAUACAAGAUAUAGAGAAAAAUUAAUACUCUUAAAGCAAUAUUUUUAUUAAUUUGUACAUAUUUAUUUUACUGAAUGGUGGAAAAUUUGUAAAAAGAAAAUGGCAUUAUAAUACUAAUCAUACGUCAAAAUGAAUCACCAGAUUGAUGUUCAAAUCUAAGUUAAUAUUUUUUUAUCAGCUAUAUUAAAUUUUUCAAAACUGGACCG